UGAGGGCGAACCAUUGGAAAAGUUUGAAGAAUAUGCGAUGCAUAACGAGGAUGACCUUUGUAAUUUUUUGAAAAGUGUUGACGGAAAGGGAUUAGAAUUUAUUAAUCAUAACAAUGAAAUCCCAAAGGUCAUCAUUUCUCUAAAAUACAUCCAAUCUAAUCAAUAUUACCGAACCAAUGCUUCUCACCUCAAAAAGGAAGUUACCUGGUCGAAAGUCAAAGAUCAAGCAAUGGAAGAAGGAACUUUAUUGGCCAUACAGAAUGCUCUCACCGAAAAGAUCAAAGCGCCUAUAAAAGUUUAUUCUAAUCGUGUAAUGAAUAAUCAGGAAGAUAAACCACUGAUGGAGGGGACAAGUUCACUAAUAAAUCUGGCAUUUUCAAAACAUAUAGUUAAUUUCAUCGAUCGAUUAAAGGAACUCCCGAAGAAACAGCAGGUCAUGAAUUCAAACGAUUGUUGGGAGGCAACAUAUUGGGUUGUUUGUGGGGAUAAAUUAGGAUUGAUAGUAGUAUUUCCAGGUGGUGGUCGUUAUAAAGUAUAA